CAAGCAAGACGGGAGAACAGGCAGUAAGGAAACUCGGCAAACCUUCUGUCCUCGCUGAAAGAAGCGUGAAUAGACCAGGGACGCCGACGGAGAAGGAACAGGGUCGUAGAGACUCAAGGAAGAGAGACUGCGACGCCGAGGACUGUCCAAAGAGGGACAACCUUCUCCUAGGGUCGCCUGCAAUGGAAACGCGACGUAAGGAGGACGAAGGAAGGACGGAACAUUCAACCCAAGACUUGCACACCGUAGAAGAUGAGACGCCGGCCCCGAAGAACGACAACCACUGCGACGAAGGAGAGACGCUUCCCGACAUGCGAGAUAGGAACAAGCCCUCAGAAGAAAUCACGAGCAACGACCAAAACAAGACCCUGAUAGAAGAAAUAGGACAACCAAAAAUAGACGUGCCAACAUGUACCCCAACUGACGUAAUUGCAAAGCUUGGAGAGCGCCACGACAAAACCCCGAUGAUCACCAAUGACGAGACGCCAAGAAAAGAAAACGAAAUGCCAAAGACAACGAAUGAGCACCAGGAGAAGAUGGUGAACGACCAUACCAGUAAGACCAUGGGAGAAGGUACCAACGAUGACGAAGCCCUGACAGCCGAGGACGACAAAAAGGACAAUGACGUAAACGAAACCACGGAACCCGCCGGUGAUGAAACCCCGAUGAAUAAGAACAGUGGGCUGUCGAGUGAAGGAAGUAACGACAAGAAAAUGGUGAGCGUACCAAAAGGAGGCGAUGGAUCAGCCACGCAGAGCCUAGAACGUCACCAAGAGAGAGAGAGACGACCGGAAGACGAACCGCGACAACGUACCUUAGAAGGUUGCUCAGCCAUCACGUAUGAUAUCGACCCAGGAGGAGGAAGCCGACCAGAAGACACGCCGCAAACC